GAAAAAUGCCGGCAUCGUUGACACGCCCGUGACAUCGGUUUUUGCUGUUCCAGGUGGAUCGUAGUGCUCCGGGACGACAGGUAGAGCCUAGCUUACAAUUUACGGAGAGAAAAUGGAAGAGGGAUCGUCGCAAUCGGUAGAAGCGGCCAUACAAAGGCUUUGCCAGGUUCUGAUGGAGCCGGAACUUGAUGACGGCGAGCAUACGGACGAUAGCGACGAGAACGAAGAAUGCUCCAGCUCAUCCUAUAUGGAAGAGUUCCGCGAGAAUAUUCAGCUUCUCGAGGAGGCGUUCGAAUUGAAUGGCGAAACGCUGAAGCUCAUCGCACUGCACCGGGACCAGUCUGAUGACCAGUUGGUCACGCUUCAGAUGCUGUACACUGAGCUGAUUAGAGAGGCAAAUGAACAAGCGAAUCGUCUAUAUGAAGUAAGGGAAAUGGAACAAAAGGUUACCGCAAGGGAGAAUUACAUCAACCGCUUCAAGACUGUCUUAAAUCAGAAGAAACAAUAAGCCGAGUCGAGUUUCA